AAACUGGUGUGCACAGCUGAGCGCGUUUCUAAUGUAAGACAGUAGCUGAUAUUAACCGCGGUGUGCCAUCUCUGUGGAGGAAGAGCCGGCGAACGGGAGCUCAUACGGCAGUGCCAACCUAGGGCGACAUCACAGAUUUCCUGCGCUAUCGCGGCGGAGAGAGGAGGAGGAGGAGAGCGCUGAUUCACGGCUUGCAGGAGGAGGGAGAGCCGUGCGGACGGGCUCAGAAGAUCCAUCUACCAAGGGUGCAACCUUAAAAUACCACCCCCACCCCCCCCUCUCCUCCUCCUCCUCCUCCUCCUUCCCCCUCGUCAUUGACAGCUUUGCGACCCGGUCAGUCCGUCAGACAGGGAGGAUCUGGGGAGGAGGGCGCCAAGGCAGGAGAGGACGAAAGGCGAUCACCUCUGGCCGGUUUGAUCCAAUCGUCAAUACCGUGCAGGCUGGGGACCUGCCUCUCCGUACAUGAGGACGACACAGCGGCUUCACCGGGGGAUUUUGGUUCGUGGAGCACGUUUGACUCAAGAGAUCCACACGGCGAGCUUAUUUGGAGACUGCUGACAGGCUGAUCUGAACGGCAAAACAAUAAUAAAGGGGGCGGACAGGAGCUGUUUCGCAGUCACUACAUAAACUCCCCGGAAUACAAAUCCAGGUGGUGGGAGGAGAAAAAACACAGCCUAGUGCUGGAUCCCAGAGGGACUGUCAGCGUGGUAAGGACCCCUGAGACGAAGGAGGGUGCAUGGAGGGUUCAAGGCCUGUAAAACCAGGGUCAUCAGCCUGCCUCUGGUUGGGGUUGGUCUCUGUGGCUGUAGCCUUCCUUUGUACAGAGGCCCGGACCACUCCGAGCCCUCUGCUCAGCUCCAGCAAUGCAACCUGUGAGGGGAACUCCAAGUGUCAAGCGGGGAUCAUCUUGCCCAUAUGGUAUCCGGAGGACCCCUCCAUGGGAGACAAGAUUGCACGGGUCAUUGUGUAUUUUGUGGCCAUGAUCUACAUGUUUCUUGGAGUGUCCAUCAUUGCCGACCGCUUCAUGGCGGCCAUUGAGGUUAUCACCUCCCAGGAGAAGGAAAUUGUUAUCAAAAGGCCCAAUGGGGAAACGACAACCACCACAAUCCGGGUAUGGAAUGAAACAGUGUCCAACCUCACCCUCAUGGCCUUAGGCUCAUCCGCCCCUGAGAUUCUGCUUUCUGUGAUUGAGGUUUGUGGACACGAGUUCAAAUCUGGUGAGCUGGGGCCCUCCACAAUCGUUGGCAGCGCAGCCUUCAAUAUGUUUGUCAUCAUUGGCCUCUGUGUGUCUGUCAUUCCCCAAGGAGAGGUACGCAAGGUCAAACACCUCAGAGUGUUCUUUAUCACCGCAGGCUGGAGCAUUUUCGCUUACAUCUGGCUCUACAUGAUCCUGGCUGUAUUCUCUCCCAAUGUAGUCCAGGUCUGGGAGGGUCUACUCACACUGGCCUUCUUCCCCAUAUGCGUACUCCUUGCCUGGGUGGCGGACAGACGACUUCUCUUCUACAGGUUCAUGCACAAGAAGUAUCGUACAGACAAGCACAGGGGCGUCAUCAUCGAGACAGAGACUGAACGCUCCAAGGGGAUUGAGAUGGACGGUAAGAUGGUCAACUCUCACUUCAUGGAUGGAGGUGCGGCUAGCAAUCUGAUUGGUUUGAUUGAGAGCAAAGAGGUGGACGAGUCCCGGCGCGACAUGAUCCGCAUCUUGAAGGAUCUGAAGCAGAAGCACCCAGAGAAAGAGUUGGAUCAGCUAGUCGAGAUGGCCAACUAUUAUGCUCUCUCGCACCAGCAAAAGAGCCGUGCCUUCUACCGCAUCCAAGCUACACGCAUGAUGACAGGCGCUGGAAAUAUCCUGAAGAAACACGUUGCAGAGCAGGCGAAGAAGAGUGCCAGUGUGCAGGAAGUGCAUGUGGAGGAGCCAGAAGAGUACGUGUCUCGGAUCGCUUUUGAGCCUGCUGUCUACCAGUGCCUCGAGAACUGUGGCGCCGUCAUCCUGACCAUCACCAGAAAGGGCGGCGACAUCAACAAGACGAUCUAUGUGGAUUAUAAGACAGAGGACGGCUCGGCUAAUGCUGGGGCCGACUACGAGUUCACAGAGGGUACAGUGGUGUUCAAACCGGGGGAGAUGAUCAAGGAAAUAAACAUUGGCAUCAUAGACGAUGACAUCUUCGAGGAGGACGAGCACUUUUUUGUGCGGCUCAGUAAUUUGCGUGUCCUGGAGACUGAGGAUGAGGUGCUGUCGCCCAACAGUCUCCCGUACCCAAAGGCCAUCCUUGGCUUCCCCACCGUGGCCACCGUGACCAUUCUUGAUGACGAUCAUUCGGGCAUCUUCACCUUUGAGAGCAGCUCAGUGCAUGUCAGUGAGAGCAUUGGUAUUAUGGAAGUGAAAGUGCUGAGGACUUCUGGAGCAAGGGGGACAGUCAUUGUGCCUUAUCGCACCAUGGAGGGACUCGCCAAAGGAGGAGGGGAGGACUUUGAAGACACCUAUGGAGAGCUUGAGUUCAAAAACGAUGAGACGUGCAAACUUAUUCACGUGAAAAUUAUUGACGAUGAGGAGUAUGAGAAAAACAAGAACUUCUUCCUGGAGCUGGCCGAGCCUCGCAUGGUAGACAUGAGUCUGCAGAAAGCCCUGUUGUUAGCUGACGAUGUGCCAGACAGGAAGCUGACAUCAGACGAGGAGGAAGCCAAGCGGAUCGCAGAGAUGGGCAAACCGGUGCUGGGGGAGCACUCCAAGCUGGAAGUCAUUAUUGAGGAAUCAUAUGAGUUUAAGAGCACAGUGGACAAGCUGAUCAAGAAGACCAACCUGGCACUGGUGGUGGGAACAAACUCCUGGAGAGACCAGUUCAUGGAGGCCAUUACAGUCAGUGCAGAUGAGGACGAAGAGGACACGGGGGAAGAACGGCUGCCGUCCUGUUUCGACUACGUCAUGCACUUCCUCACCGUCUUCUGGAAGGUCCUGUUUGCGUGCGUGCCUCCCACAGACUACCUGAACGGCUGGGCCUGUUUCAUCGUCUCCAUCAUCAUCAUCGGCCUGCUCACGGCCAUCAUCGGAGACCUGGCGUCUCACUUUGGCUGCACCAUCGGCCUCAAAGACUCGGUCACCGCUGUGGUGUUUGUGGCACUCGGUACAUCGGUCCCAGACACUUUUGCCAGUAAGGUAGCAGCAGUCCAGGACACCUACGCCGACGCCUCCAUCGGGAAUGUGACGGGCAGCAACGCCGUCAAUGUCUUCCUGGGAAUCGGCAUGGCCUGGUCGGUGGCGGCCAUCUACUGGCACAUGAAGGGGAAGCCGUUCGUGGUGGAAGCCGGCUCGCUGGCCUUCUCUGUCACUCUCUUCACCAUCUUCGCCUUCCUGGCCAUCUCGGUGCUGCUUUACCGGCGCCGGGCCCACAUCGGAGGAGAACUGGGCGGGCCCUGGGGACACAGACUGGCCACCUCAGCCUUCUUUUUCAGCCUCUGGUUCCUUUACAUCCUCUUCUCCAGUCUGGAGGCCUACUGUCAUAUAGAUGGCUUCUAAACAGAAAAGACUUCAGCAUGAGAGAAAUCAAACACACAGGGGUUUAAAGUACAACUUCAGAGGUAAACGAGUGAAUUCUCACUGUGGAAUUUGGGUCAGUUUUGUAUGGUAUGGAAGAACAGGAGAGGUAAACCCGGGGUUUUCCCAGACACCUCCCUCCCUCUCCCUCUCUCUCUCUCUCUCUCUCUCUCCCUCAACCCCCUCUGUAAGGAUGCUUGGAGGUGUGUAUCCUGCCCUCUAGUGCUGACAGGGGCCUGUUCGCCCUGGCUUACAGGAGAGCUGUCCUGAGCCCGAGCGAGUGUGCUUACAGUUGGGAUUGGGUCACCACCAAAUCCAGAAGAUGCCGAUGCCGAGAGGUGGUCCUGCAUUCCACUGGAAGAGACUGAAGUCUUAUAUCCGGAGAGAGUUGAGUUAAUCAGAGGUCUAUAUUUUUCUCAACAUCUGACGAGAACGACUUUUUUUAAAAAGUAUUUUGGGGAUAAAAACGCAAAAAAAAAAAAAUCAAACAAAAAAAAUAAACACACACACACACACACACACAAGAGGAAUCAAAGAACUAUUUUCUGAUCUAUGUUAAGGAAUAACAAAAGAUUAUAUCGUAAAUGGAAAUAUGUUGUUGAGUGACUGUGGGAUGGAUUCAUAGUAUUUAUUUUUAUUUGCAUAGUUUCCUAAGGAGCACUGCAGAGUUCUCAGAAAUCACACGAAGAAGACGAGGAGCGACAGUGACAGUUCAUACUGGCAGAUGAAUCACCAUUCAAACAGGCGAGGAGGAAGAGGUGGACACAGUGAACAUGGUCAAACUGCCCUGAACAUUACUUCCGUACUCUAUACGUAUCUAUAUAUAAUAUAUUUCCAUAUUUUCUGUAUAUUUUGAAUAUUUGUUUAAAUGUGGUCACCUUCUGCUCUAACAACAGAGGAUUGCUGUGGCUAAGCGGGCGGGGAGGGGGGGGU